GAGAAUGCGCAACUUCGAAAAGCUUGUGAGCAAGCGAUUGAAGAAUUGGGUAUCGCUGAUACGGGUGACGAUGGAACAACCGGAAAUGUGCUGCCAUCCAGGUCGCAAUUUGUGCACGCCGAUCGUUAUUUUCUUCCCUUCGAUCUGGCUUGUCACUCCAAAUCACCACGCAUCGUUAUCAUCGCUCUCGACUGCUUGCAGGUUAUUUCAGCUCUUUUUUUUCACAUGUGAUCGGCUUUUUGUCUACAGCUUGGGCUUGAAGAUUACCACUUCUCAGGUAAAAUGUCCUAGAUUUUUAGAGUUUUUCGUGUCUGUGAGAAAAAAUUCACGAAGCUGA